AUGGUAUACUGCGGCAAACCUAGCAAGGGUUGCCAUAUGUGUCGCAAACGCAAAAUAAGGUGUGACCAGGGCCGACCGGCUUGCGAUCAAUGCAUUCGAACGAAGAGAGAAUGUCCAGGAUACCGCGACCAGCUGGAUCUUAUAUUCCGAGACGACCCUCCUCGCAACGCUUACCCUGAACGGCAUGUUCGGUCCCCCUCGACAACAGGGUCUACUGGAUCAAACGCUGAGACAAGUUUUGACUUCAACUCAGAUCCCGGUCACCAAUACAUUAUGCGCCAAAUAAGGCCAAGUGCAGUGAUCACAAACCCCACAGAAGGACUUUCGAAGGAGCAGGCUAUCUGCUUCUUUCUUCAAUCACAUAGCAUUCCCGGGAGUUCCCUCAUGACGGACACUUUGACAAAUUUCCUGAUGGAUUCCGGCGGAUCUUUAGGUCAGCAAGCUGUACAAUCUAGUAUCUAUGCCGUCGCUGGUGCGAUGCUUUCGCGGGUUCGCAAUGUACCCUCCCUAAAGCAGGCGGCGCGUCAGGAGUAUGGAUCUACACUCAAGCUAGUCAAUGCAGCACUAGCCGACCCCGUUCAGUCUAGGACAAAUCAGGCAUUACUUGCGGUCGUAUUUAUGUCUUUGUAUGAGGUUAUCACAUCGAGAGCCCCUCAAAGUAUCCAGGGCUGGACAAAUCAUAUUUGCGGAGCUGCAGCCCUUCUGGAGCACCGAGGAUUUGCACAAAUGACAACUGUGAUGGGUGUUCGUCUUUUUCUGCAUUUGAGAUACCAAAUUAUAAGGGAUGCGCUCGGAAACAGAUUGAUCAUCAUCAUUGGAAAUCUUUCCAAUCUUCGAGCCGAUGUUCAAGGGAAGAUUCUCGACGACCCGCAGCAAAUCCUGGCUGCCGCUAGUGCCAUCGAAGCCGACCUCAUGGCCUGGCUAGCUGCUUUACCACCAGAUUUCACAUAUAGCAGUCACACAGUGAUGCCAACGGACCAUAGCUUCGAACAUAUCUGUGGUGGAAUUCGACCUUUAAACAACCAGUAUCACAGUUACCCAGACCUAUGGUCCCCAAAUCUCUGGAACCAUUAUCGAAGUGCACGAAUCAUCGUCAGUGAGCUAAUUUUAGCGAACGUCCAUAAAGUCUCUAGCACUUCACCUCACGGUUCUUUAUCUGAAGACUUCCGUUUACACUGCAAAUCCUUGCGCUCCACAAUACGUCGUCUCGGUGCGGAUAUUUGCCGCAGCGUACCUUUCCACCUAGGUGCUUGCAACGCAGGAAUUCUUCCUGGAAGGCCCAUGCUGCCUUCCGAAACUUAUAUCGGUGGGCUAAUGUUGCUCUGGCCUUUAUUCGUUGCUGGUAUGGUCGAGGGACCCAAUCACCCACAGCGUCGUUGGGUAAGGCAAUGUCUGGGCAUGAUCGGUCGCUCGAUGGGUAUGGAUCAGGCACUCGCACUGAUGGAUAUUCUUACCGUGGAUCCGGGAAUGUUCCAUUCGGUCGAGAAGUUUGGCGAGAAUGCCGAUGAAGAAACUAGCUCUCCGGGAGUGAUGUCUGUUUCGAUCUUCCAUGUCCCGUACUAUGAGCUUGGCAAUAUGAAGGAGUAUCAGGAGAUACGUGCAUCUUCAGCAUGA